AUGGCCUUCCAGGGACCGCCCGCGACGCCGCAGCGCCCUACCCCCGGCGCGUUCGUGAACACCCCGGCCCCCAACCGACCGGGCUUUGGGCGACGGGCCUCGAUGGCGCAACCACAGCCGCUGCCCCAGUCGCGCUCGGCACAGGCGCUGCCUGCACCGCCGGCAGAGAGCGCCAUCGACCGCGCCGCGCGCACAAUCAACAGCAUGCUGGACCGGGACAACAGGUUUCCCGCGUUGGAGACGUACAUCGGGCAGGGCGUGUCCGGCGAGUACGAGCUGCCGUCCAACCCGGCCUGGUCGCCGUUCCAGAAGCUGCGCACCUACCGCCUGCCCGAGGCCGUCUUCGAGCAGGUCGACCACACGCAGAUGUCGACCAAGAUGGGCCUGUUCGCCGAGAUCAACCACGCCUGGGUCACCGUCGACAACCAGGUCUACCUGUGGGACUACACCCACCCGAACCCCGAGCUCGUCGGCUUCGAGGAGCAGCCCCACAACAUCACCUGCGUCAAGCUGCUGCGCCCGCGCGCCCACGUCUUCGUCGCCACCAUCGACUACCUGCUCGUCGUCGCGACCACGACCGACAUCUUCCUCAUCGCCGUCGAGUGCCAGCGCGGGCCCGAGGGCGUCCACGGCAUCACCCUAUACCGCACGGGGCUGUCGACAUCGGUCAGGAAGAUCAACGUCACGGCCAUCGAGGGCUCGGCCAAGACGGGACGCAUCUUCUUCGGCGACGGGGGCUCCGAAGACGUCUACGAGCUCAACUACCAGCAGGAGGACAGGUGGUUCUCGAGCAAGUGCAGCAGGACCAACCACGUCUCGACAGCAGUCGGGCUCCCAGCACUGCCCUUCUACGGCGUCUCGAAGCAGGUCGGGACGCAGCAGAUGGUCAUCGACGACACGCGGAACCUGCUGUACACGCUCUCCACAAACGGCACCAUCAAGGUCUACUACAUGCGCUCCCCCACGACGUUGGAAUGCGUCAUCACCCGCACGCUCGCAAACAUCCAGACCAUGUGCAGCCACAUCGUCCGGCAGGGGGCCGCGCUCGACAAGAUGGUUCUUGUCAGCCUGAGUCCAAUCACUGGCACCGAAGCCGACCAUCUUUCCCUGAUGGCGACCACGUCCUCAGGCUGCAGACUGUACCUAAGCACUACCUCGGGUGGCUGGAGCAGCGACAACACAAGCGCGCCAAACAGCAUGCAGCUACGGCAUAUACGGUUCCCCCCCUACGACGGUCCGGCUACGCAGCAGAGCAAUUCGACCCAAAUACAACCAUAUGCCGGUGGCACUCCACUGGGGCUCGACUCCAAAGCCCUGCGAGACACAAAAUACGGAAAUCGAUACGCGCCAGGGUCGUUCUUCUCCUUCGUCCUGAGGGCCGAGAACGACGCCAACCAGACACUCUUCAUCACGGCUCCACAUUCUGGGCUGCUGAGCCAACGGGAGACGUCUGAACCACCGCGAUACACCGAGACAGGCCUAACGCUGGAGCUCGUCGGCAGGAUUUUGGAUAUGGGCCAGGUCUCAGAGCCUUUUUCUGCCAGGAACGAGCCUCUAGGAUUCGGCAAUGAGCUGUCAACCCAGUUCGACAAACCCCUUUCUGAAUUCGCGAUUAUCACAUCAUUCGGUAUCGAGACCGUCCGAAGGAGAAGGCUAGUCGACGUCUUUGCCGCAAUCAUCAAGUACGGCAACGGGCAGGAGGGCGCAGAGAACGAUAUCCGCAAACUUGCAAAACAGUACGGUCUUGCGGAGACAGCUGCUACCGCUCUGGCUGUAGCGUGCGGUCAAGGAUCAGACGUGGGCCCCGAUUCUCGAAUCGCCAAAAUCACAGAUCCGGACGUGCUUGAUUUUGCGCGCAGGGUCUUCAUCGAGUUUGGCGGCAAGGCACAUUUGACGGAGAGCGCGACAGUCGAAGGUCUCAGCGUGGAGAACGUCCGUCCUUCAGCCCGUCACGAUGGCAUUGCAAUGUAUGUCGCUCGCCUUGUGCGCUCAAUCUGGAACUCGCCUGUCAUCGUGGAGGUUCUUGCACCGACUGGUCCUAUUCUGGCGUCUGCGCAGAACGUGGCCAAACUGCAGGACAUACAACGCGCGCUUAUGCAGCUGCAAGAAUUUCUGGAGUCAAACAAGUCUUUCAUAGAUGGCUUGGCUGGACCGGAGGCGUUGGGGCGAGUGUCUUCGCGACAGGAAGAGGUUGAGCUUCAAGGCGAGAACCGCGCUCUGACCAGUCUGCUACAGCUGGUAAACAACAUCAUCGAAGGCAUCUCUUUCGCGCUCGUCCUGUUCGAGGAGCGUCUCGAAGAUAUUCUGGUAUUGCUUCCGAGCCCAGAGUUGCAGAUUAGGGUCCGUCGCCUCACCUUCCAGGGUCUGUUCUCUGUCAAGGAGGGAAAAGAGCUUGCGCGUGAGCUGGUCAAGGCGAUCGUCAACCGCAACAUCGCCAAGGGCUCUAAUGUGGAAACAGUUGCGGAGGCAUUGCGCAGGAAGUGCGGAAGCUUCUGCAGCGCAGAUGACGUUAUCAUCUUCAAGGCUCAAGAGAACUUGAAGAAGGCAGCUGACAUGGGCGUGAAUGCCGACCGCGGACGUACCUUGCUCAACGAUAGUUUGAUGUUGUUCGAGCAAGUGGCAAAGAGCUUGAGCUUCGAGAAUCUGACGACUACAGUCAACAAGUACAUCGAGCUCGAGUUCUACGCAGGCGCUAUCCAACUUGCUCUCAAGGUCGCUCAAGAAUGGGACCGGGGGAAUAAGGCUCUGUCUUGGAUAAGAGAGAGAGAUGACCCUAACAUCGACCCGAACGAUGUUCGGAGACAAUAUUACGACGAGCGCGCUGCGUGCUACAACCUAGCUUUCGGUGUCAUCGAAGCCGUUGAUUUCGCCAACAACAACCAAGGCUUCGUUGCAGAUGGUGUCACAUCCCAAAUCACGCUUCGCAAACAGGAAGCAUAUAAUGUGAUCAACGACUCCGACGACGAGGUUUUCCAAAACUACCUCUACGAUUGGUACAUGUCGAAGGGUUGGUCUGAACGCCUGCUGCAAAUCAACUCUCCGUUUGUGGUAGAAUAUCUGCGACAGAGUGCUGAGAAGGACAUUGCUCAUGCAGACCUCCUGUGGCGCUAUUACGCCCAUUACAACGAUUUCUUGAGCGCUGCGGAGACGCAGUUUCAACUCGCAAAGAGUGCGCUCAAUCUGUCGUUGGAGAAGCGGAUAGAGUACCUCUCACGAGCGAAAGCGAAUGCUUCAACACGCAUGACCGGUUUCUCCGACACUGGGGUGCGCAACAGGCAGUCGAGACAAGAGCUCCUACGAAAUAUCAGCGACCACCUCGACGUCGCUAACAUUCAAGACGAUGUCCUGCAGAAGAUCAAGGCCGACGAACGCCUCACUGGCAAGCGGAGAGAAGAAGUCAUUCUACGUCUCGACGGCGAAAUUCAAUCCGUCGAACGAUUGUACAAUGACUAUGCCGACCAAGCCGGCUACUACGACAUCUGCCUCCUCAUCUACCACGCCGCCGACCACCGCAGCAUCCCAGACAUCCGCCACACAUGGACCAACCUCAUCGACCAAGUGCACCGCAUCGCGCUCAAGGACCGCCAAUCCGCGCCCUGGGAGUCGGUCGCCCUGAAAGUCGAAGACAUCGGCCGUCGCGUCAAUCUCAACGAGAACGUCUUCCCCGUCAACAUCGUCUUCCAACUCCUCCUACAGUACGACCUUGGCUUCUACGCACACGACGCACAGAGCGCCACCGGGACCCUGGCCCUCAAUUCAAACCUGACCUGGCCCAUCGACGUGCUGCUCAAACUCAACGCGCCGUUUGAGAUCCUAGUCGCCACGCUGGAAUCACUCUGGUACGGCCAGGAACAGCCCUUUGCGGGCCGCAACCGCAAGCUGCUCGUCAAGUGGCUUGUGUAUCUCGUCGAGCAGUGGAACGUAGUGAGCCGGCGGACGGGCGCGCACUUUGGCGGCGUCGAGAACGCGAUCGGAUUGUCUGAUUUGCUGCGCGUUGUGCUGGGUAGUGAGGUUUUGGGGCGCGAGGAUAGGGAGUGGGCGGAUCGGGCGAGGGAUGUUAAGGCUAUUGUUGAUGAGGCUGCGCGGUGAGGUGGGGGGCAUGUAGAGUUGGAAAUCAAGGGAAUUGGAAUGGAAUGGAAUGGAAAGAUAGUAGGAGGGGAGCAUGUGACGAUAUGAGAGAGCUCUUUGUUUUUCUUCGCAACCUGGGCUUUUGUGUAUUCUUUCCCAGCGGCGUGGCGUUUUCUUUUUUGUCUAGGGUAUCGGCGUCAAAAGCAUAUUGGUCUUGUAGGAUGGAUGGAUGGAUUGUUUCUAACUGGAAAGCGGGUUUUGAAGACGGUCAUUUUUGGAGGUAGAGAUCUUUAACCUCUUUUUUGUUAUCUUUUUGAAUCUCAGUAAUGAUAUGAAAAACUCGACUG